AUGGCUGCUGGACAACAGGCUUUGGGUGACCAGCUACUGAAAGCCGUCACCGUGGUGGAGAAGGCGGUGGACCAAGAAAUGGAAGAAAUGGAACACUUAGGAGAGGGUGACCUCGAGGCGUUACGUCGGAAACGUGUGGAACAACUGAAAAAGAGGCAACUCGAAAAACAGGAGUGGCUACGAAAUGGGCAUGGAGAAUAUGAAGAGUUACCAGAUGAACGUGCCUUCUUUGAUGCAACAAAAAAAUCUAAUAAAUUAAUUGCACACUUCUAUCGAACCUCAACAGAACGUUGUAAAAUAGUCGAUAUGCAUCUCAGCAAACUUGCACCGAAGCAUUUGGAAGCUCGUUUCGUGUGUGUAAAUGUUGAAAAGUUUCCAUUCCUAACGAAACGUUUGAAUAUAAGNGUUCUGCCAACAAUAGCGAUCGUUAUUGAUGCGAAAACGGUCGAUUAUAUUCGUGGAUUUGACGAGUUGGGUGCAACGGAUGAGUUUAAAACUGAAACGCUGGAGUGGCGAUUAGCUCAGUCUGGUGUAAUCAACUACAAUGGACCAUCAGGUCUACCGAAUGCACGAUCAGCCGAUACACGAACUAAACGGAUAAGUAAAGGAGUACCAAAGAAAAUCAUUCGAGGCAAACAAGACGAAGACUCAGAAAAUGACGAUUGGUAA